AAAACCCGACAAGCAUGUGGCGACGGUGAACGUUGAUUUUGCGGUCUAGGUACGAUGGACUUUCAGUUGCUCUCCAGACUUACAUCAUCUUGAAGGUCCCGGGUCCUGGGUCUUUCUCGCUUCAUCCUCUCAAAAAGAUGAAUCUGAUAGGGAUAGUAACGGCGGUGCUCUGUCUUGGUGGCAGCUUGAAUGCUGCUCCCACACCAUGUGAACUGCAGAACGUGGAGAAUACCGUUUGCCAACAAACCGAGUAUGAAGCUUACCGGGAUUGCAUCGAGGAGGCUAGGGAGAAUCGACACAAGCGGCAGGUGAUGCCCUGCCCACCGACCAUAGUCGAACCGGUGAUACAGACGGCAAAGCCGUUCGAGAUACUCGUACCAGUCCCGCCACUGCCAGCCGCAAAGCAGCCCAUGCUCAAAAGCCUAGAUCGCACGGUCAUUGUCCGGCCGGACUCGAAUCAGAUCGACGACGGUGCGGAGGACUACGAGAACAGUGUGCACUAUCGCGUGCCGGUCAAUGUUACGACCGUCAUCCGGCUCACGAACAUAGUGAACAACACGAACCACAUACACAUGCCGACCACGCUGAACAACACCAACGUGAACAACAUCCAUGUGUAUACGAACCUGACCGAAGUCGUACCGGGCACGGGCGAUGCUGUGGCCGAAGACGAGCCCUGCUGUACGGCUGUUCGGCCCAAAAGCUGUCACACGUCCACACAGGGUGUGCGCUGCAAGCACCACAAGUUCCAAACCUGCGGACCCCAGUGCACGGCAAAGGUUAUACACGUCCAGAAGCGGACACGGUGCAACCGAAGUACGGGCGAGUGUAAGGAGAAGAUCGCGUACGUACCCCAGCCAGAAAAGCCGACCUGCGUGUACGUGGACGAAUGGCCGUACGUCGUGUGCGGGAAGGUGGCUAAUAUGAGUGUGAUAUGUGAAGGGUGCUACGACCACUAUGGAUACGGGUACGAAUCGUUCAAUGGACACUCGAGAAUGCAGGACCAGUGUCGUGGAUGUUACGAUGAUGCGUUCGACGCUGGGCCCAGAUAUAGGCGGGGACCGGUCCUGCGUCCGUUCUACUACCAUCAGCCACCCUGCUACCUUGCGGGUAACUGUGCGGACAGCUACGGUGACUGUGGGUAUGGUUGCUACGGGCAUGACCGGAUCGAUCCAGCCUGGGGACAACAAACGUUCGACCCUGCACUGAACCCCUCCAACGUGCUCUACUACGACACGGACGACUUCGCCGUUACAAACGAGGUGUCGGCCGAUUGGGGCGUCCCGGCGGCCAAGUGUGCCGUAGUUACGGACGGCAGCACUAUUACGGUGAAGAACUGCACACAGGACAUUGACAAUCCGUACAUGGCCGCACCGGCCACUCAUCCACACUACAAGCAACAGUGGCAAGAGAAGAAACAUUCCACCAGCGACAGCCCAACGGCUGCCAGUGUAGCGAUCGAAGAUGACACCGAGGACUACGGUUCAGGUGAUGGUGCGUUGAACAAUGAGGUGUUUUUCGUCGACGAGUACGACGAAGACGAAUCGUUUGUGCAGUAGAGUGCUAGGAAAGCGAGCGGCUAUAAAGUGUUGCUGCAUAGGAAGUAAGAAAUUGAGCGCAUGUAGAAAUACAAUCGAUCACGUAUGAUUAUUGCUA